AUGACGACUGUCGCCGACUUCCACUCCACUCGCUACACCAGCUGGUGCCCGGAGCGCAAAGACAUCGAGCAAUGGGCGAGCGCCGUCGCGGAAGGCGGAGCCCCGCGCGACUGCCGCUUCCAGCCGCUGACUCUGCUGCCAGAGGAUCACGAGAACGGAGAGGCUUGUAACGAGUACGACUACGCGGCGUGCGCGGAGGAGGAUCUCGACGCGUACCUCGAAUCUCUUCCCAAGUCGAAUCGCUGGACAGAGCUGGAGGCGUCCUGCGCGUGGCUGGACCAGGCCAACAUCCGCAUCGAGGAGCUCGACCUCACGCACGGCCUGCCAGAGCACCUCGUCCUCAACCAGCCACGUGUCCAGCACGCGCCUGACACGCAUCACCCACGCGCUACUGCUGGCGCUUCUGCUACAGCCUCGUUCCCUCUGCCUCCUGCCGUCCCUUCUCCUGCUGCUGCUGCUGCUGCUGCUGCCGGCGCAGCUACUACAAGCGGAGCAGCUACAGAAGGGGAUUUUCACCACAAGCUCUCGUCGCACUCCUCCUUCUCUGGCGUUUCCGCGAGCACGCCGCGGCACAAGCACCACCCCUCGCUCCGAUCCCUCUCAUCCUCUCUCCUAAACCACCUCGGUUUUACCCAACGCCCCCAUUCUUCCCCCCGCUCCUCCCCCUCCCCCUCUGUCUCCGCGUCCACUUCUUCCUCCCCGAUGAAGUCUCGCCAGACGCCCAGACGGCCGAGCAAGGAGUUCGUACCCAGGCCGAACCCGCAGCAGCAGAUGCACCACUCCCAGCACCCAUCUGCACCACUCCCCAUCCCUCACCACCACGCCUCUUCCUCACCCGGUGUGCCCCAGGGCCCGUUUCACCAGUCCUCCUCAUACUCCUCCUCUCCUGGGGUCCCCUCGGAUCCGAGCCAUCACUCUUCCUCCUCUCCUGGCAUGGCCCUAAGCCAACUGCAUCAAUCCUCCUCCUCUCCUAAACUGCCCCUGGCGCCCAUUCACCAUGCGUCCUCCACCCCCGGUUUUGAUUUCCCCCAGGCCCCAUUUCACCACUCCUCCUCGUCUCCCGGAUUGCUGGUUCAUCCCAGCGGCGUUCCCUUAACGAAUUUUACUGAACCGGAACACGGCGGGGUGCAGUACCAGCCGGGCGUUCUCUACACUCACAUUAAUGGUGCUGAUAUGGGGGGCAGCAGCGGCAUCUACAGUGCGAAAUUCGUUGAUGCUGAGGAAGGAAUUACGGGUGUAGAGAUCAUAGGAGCAGGUAACAUUAUGAAUGGCGGUAACAAUACGGGAGGUGGUAACAUCAUGACAGCUAGUAACGGCGGUUACAGCUCUCGCAAUCCCAACUUUGGAGGCAGCGCCAGGUUCAUUGCUCCUAAAAUGGCCAUGCACGAGCAGCAGCAGCAGCAUCCUCGUCAGCAUUUGCCUCGUCAGCACCAGGCGUUCGCCACGCCAGGUCGUGACAUCGGCACCCGGUCCAAAGGCCGUGGAAGGAGGAUCAAGGUUUGGAUGGGAAAUGCCCCUCGUGCAAAUGUGGGUGUGAAUGCGUAA